AUGACAAAAUCAAACAAGCAAAAGUCACGGAAUAAGGGUAAUAGAUUUAAUAAGGACGACAAAGUUGACUUAUUCAAUGAUAUAUCCAUUAAUACGAUCGAAAAUCUCGAGACAUGGGAAGAAGCAACUACUUCUUGGAUGAAAACUGCGCAUAAUUUUUGUCAGUUGAAGGAUGACGAAAUGCGUUCCGAAGUGCGCCUUCAGUUAGCUGAAACCAUUUUACUGGCUCCCAUGAAAAUCAAGAUAAAUAAUGAGUUCUCUGUGAGACCGCGAAAUAUGAUACACAUAUUCGAAGCUUGGGAGAAUAUUUAUGAUGCUGUCAUUGAUGCGUGUUCUCAAGAUUCUAUUCGGUGUUGUACAUUUGCUAUUAAACUAGCACACCAAAUAAGGCAAUUAAUUACAUACGAGAUGGAUUGUCGGCUACUUUUCGUUUGCUCGCAAAUAAUUCGUGCUCAGAUUGAGUACUUUAAUUAUGAUAGCCUUAGUGACGUUUUUGUUGGAGACUUCGAUUUGUCCGGAAAAGGGAACAUCCUUGAUUGUUUCUGCAAGCUGCUAAUUGAAAUUCGAAAGCGUUCAGUUGAAGCGCUUCUCAAGUAUGCUGAUAGACAAGCUGGCAUUAUUCUUGAAUUAAUGUCGAAAUCCAUAUUAAACAUUUUGGAAGCAGCGACAAGUCUAGUAUCCCUGAUGGCUAAACCAGCACACAUUUUGUUCGUCAUUGGUGCUCUGUCUGAAUUCAUAAGCGGCUCCCUUACUUUGAUGACGGAAAAAAGUUGUCGGAUAUUUUGCAAAUGCCAAACAAAUGUUAUUGUGUUGGUCAAAACAGCUCUAACUACUCUGAAAAAACAUUACUCGGGACCAUACGACUCUUCAUUGCUUGGCCAGUUGGAGCCAAUCUUCAUUAAGGGACUGCGCAUAUCACGUUUACGUCAAUAUCUUGUCAAUUUCUGGCAGCAAACAUUCGGUCAUGCAAGUCAUCUUGAUAUUGUAGAUGAGCUAAAUACUGCUCUGGAGCAGGCCAAAUAUACACCGAUAAGUUUCGUCUCUGGACAACAAGAUUUUUCGAUAUUGGAUAAUUCAAAAACGUCAAUAUCUUGUGAUACAAAUCUUGGCUCCUCCAUGGAUGAAAGUAACGACACUGUAAAUGAAAAUUACUUUAAACAGUCUCCUAUGGAGAAAACAAAGCCCUCAGUUUCAAAGUGCAGAACGCUGAAGCACGUGAAAGAUGAAAGUAUGGAUGAAUAUAUAGUUAUUAACUCAUCGCAUUCUGCGAAGAAAAUGCAGUUAACUGAUCAUCAGAAAGAAAAACUAAUGGAAAGAAGUGAUAGUUUGUUAUGUCUUACUGAAGAAAGUCAAUCGGUUGAUUUAGCAGCACGUAUUCCACCGGGAUAUACUGAUAACUCUUCUCAAGAAAAUUCAUCGACAAUGGAAGCUCCAAAAACAACAUCACUGGUAAAGAAAUGCGAUGUUGAAUACAAUCGUAUAGGUCCCUCAAAUACUUGUGUUCAAUCUAAAAAUCAGCUCACUGGAAAUAUUAACGAAAGUGAUAACCAUAGGAAAAAUCUAGUCGGUGGUGACAUCAAUGAUGGCAAAACCACAGUAAAAAAUUUGAUAAUCUUAGAGGACAGGCAGAAUAAUGAAACUGUGUGCGAAAACAUAUCUUCUGAUCUUCAGAAUCAAACCUGUGCCGAAAACAAAGACAGUAAAUUAGCGUCCGUCUUAUUAGAUGAACGUGUCAAAGACACGGGGCGAAAUAUUUUGGAAGAGCCGAGACUUUCGAUAAGAUGUAGAACUCCUGAAAACGCAGAAUCAAAUUUGGAAAAUGCGAGCCGAAAGGAGAGUGGAGAUGAAUUAUUAAAAACACCAAACAGUAUCUUGAAAAAGUGUGAAGGAAGUUCAACUUAUCCGACGAUCAAGUUUUUUUCAGCCAGUGCAAAAAAGUGCAAACGUGUGCACUUCGAUGCGUCAACUCUAGACGAUGAUGAUAUUUAUGGUCUUCCACGCAGAAAAAUUUUUCGACGAUCCAGGAACUCAUUAUUUUUUGGAUUAGCGCCCGUUAAGCGUUCUGAACCAACUUCGCCUUCAAAACGAUCAUCUAUACUACCUACCAACAAAAAUCCUGUUGAUGCAGUUUUUCCGCCACUAGUCGGGUCAGAGGAAUUGAUUCCACCACAAAUAUAUCUCAAAUUGGCUCCAACAAUGAGUUCUCUUGCUCUGCGAUCCCUAAUGAAGUCACGUGGUGUUGCAACUGUUGGUGAUUUGGCCUGUAUGUCAGAGGAGGAUAUCGAAACAUUUCCAUUUAGGGACCCGAAAUUGAGUCGUUUUCUGCGAGCACUUGAAGAUCAUUUCAGAAUGAAGAAUAUGGUAAGCAAAGAGGAUGCCAUUGAACUGGAGAAAAUCAUGAAACGUCCAGUGAAUUCGCCGUCUGAUUGCUUGAAGAAAGUUAAUCUCCAACCUACUGACAAAUAUAAGGCACUUUCUCCUGUAACAGUGCAAGAGCCGCUGAUUGCUGAUGUUCCUGAAGCAUUAAAUAAAACAGUCUCUGGAGCUUUCGAAAAUAAAGUUAGCAAAACCUCAACUGAACAAAGUUAUGUGAAUCCGUUCCAAAAUGGUUUCAACCGAUUUACACCUUGUUCAGUCAAACGUUUGGUUAACGAUGAAACCGAUGAAAUGGUUAAUUGUCCGAAAGAACCAGAUUUGGAAAUUAGGCAAAAGAACCAAGAACAAGGUAACAAUCGGUCUCGAUUUGGUUUUCUUAAUCCCUUCGUAAGGAGUCAUGAACCAGUAAAUAAUAAUGACUCAGUAUCGAUGAUUGCAUUGGAGAAAAGCGAUGCACACAAUUGUGUAGGCUCUUCAUCCUUAUCAGAACAUGACAAUGGAGAAGAAAAGCUAGCUACGAUGUUAUCGGAAAAGUUGUCGGAUAAAAGUAUUGAAAGCAGUGAAUCAAGGGAAAAUAAUAUGAAUAACAUGAAGCUAGGAGGAGAUGCGGAUAAACUUUAUGAUGUGAAUGAUUUUCUCAGAAACGCAUAUCGUAUAUUUCUUGAGGAUUCAGUUGUUGCAGCAGUAGCAGGUAAAUGCCCAAUAAAGAAAUUUAGCAAUGAACAAUUACUCUCUUUUUCUCAAGCAUGUGCUUCUUUCCAAAUGGCAGUUCUGAAUUCAUCAAAGAAGAUCAACGAAGAAUAA